AUGGUUAUAUUAGUCGGAAAACGUCGUCGAUUAAAUAGUGUUAGUCUUCAUUUGGUUCGUAGUGCUCGUUCCACAUUGCCCGGUGGUUUUGGCAAGCCAAGUGUAUAUCAUGGUUUAGUUGUCAUUUUUUUAGAAUUUUUUGCAUGGGGACUAUUAACAAAUCCAAUUAUUACCACUCUAAAUCGAACAUUUCCAUCUCAUACGUUUCUUGUAAAUGGUAUAAUUCAUGGUGUAAAGGGUUUAUUAACUUUCCUUAGUUCUCCGUUAUUGGGUGCCUAUUCAGAUGUAUGGGGACGAAAACCAUUUUUACUUGUUACAGUCUUUUUUACAUGUUCACCAAUACCAUUGAUGAAAAUCAGUCCAAUGUGGUAUUUUGCUCUAAUAAGUAUUAGUGGAUUAUUUUCCGUAACAUUUAGUGUUGUUUAUUCUUAUGUAGCAGAUGUAACAGAUGAAUCAUCUAGAGGAGCAGCAUAUGGUCUUGUGACGGCUACAUUUGCUGCUAGUUUAAUAACAAGUCCAGCUAUUGGUGCUCAUUUAGCUCGUUUAUACAGUGAAAAUUUUGUUAUUGCUUUGGGUACUGCUGUAGCUAUUGUGGAUCUUUUAUUUAUUUUUUUUGCCGUACCUGAAUCAUUACCUGAACGUUUACGAAACGAUACAAAAAUAUCAUGGGAUAAAAUUGAUCCGUUUUCCGCAUUAAGAAAUAUUUCACAUGAUCGAUUUAUAUGUCUUAUUUGUUUUAUUGUCAUGUUAUCAUAUUUGCCAGAAGCUGGACAGUAUUCAUGUUUUUUUGUCUAUCUAAGAUUGGUGCUUCAGUUCACGGAAGAUGAAAUUGCAUAUUUUAUUGCUUAUGUUGGAAUUCUUUCAUGUAUUGCUCAAACUGCUAUUCUAGCGUGUUUACAACGUUAUUUUGGUUCUAAAGAAACAAUUAUGGUUGGACUCUUCUUUCAAAUUGUUCAAUUAGCUGCAUACGGAAUCGCGACAUCUAACUGGGUUAUGUGGUUGGCUGGUGGAUUAGCUGCAUUAUCUUCUGUUAUAUACCCGUCUAUAAGUGCCUUUGUAUCUAUUUACGCUAAAGAAAAUCAACAAGGACUUGUCCAAGGAAUGGUAAACGGUGUUCGAGGUUUAUGUAAUGGUCUAGGUCCAGCUUUGUUUGGUUUUAUAUUUUAUUUAUUUCACGUAAAUCUAAAUGAAGGCAAUUUACCCAAUACACUAUCAGGAUCAACAAAUUUACGAAAUACAACGUCUGUUGUGGACGACCCUAUAUCUAGUCGUAAUGUUCCUGGACCACCAUUUCUGUUUGGUGCGUUGUUGGCUACAGUUGCCUUGAUGUUUUCUCUUCUGUUACCAAACUCCAAACCCGAUUCAUGUGAAGUGAAUACAACGCGAACAGUCGAACGAGAAGCACUUCUAUUAGAUUUAAUUACAGAUACGGGUGUCAUGUUGCCUUAA